UAUGCAGUUGAUAAUCUAAUCCUAUGUGUUCCUAAACACCUAAUUUACCUUUUCAUGUAAGAAUUUUUUUAUCAAAACACACAAAAAAAAGGGAAAUUAAAAUUUAAUAUAAUUGCGUCCACGAGACACCCCUAAUUAACAACGGCGCCGUUUCGUACUAUCUUAGACUCCGUAAUAUAUUUAAGCCGUCCAACUCAGGCUUUCACAUAACAAAACCCAAAAUCAACGGCUCCGAUCACUCCGACCGCUGUUUCGCGUUUGAUACGCCAUUUCUUUCUUCUCCGAUUUAAAUCACAAUUAAUAAGUUAACGGACUCGGAAGAUUACGCCUUCUCGCAUCUCUCUCACUCCACGUUUCCUCGCCGAACAGAGAUACCUGUCGGGAACAACUUAUUCCCCCUCCCCCCCCCCAACAAGUUUGGUUUUGUCUCUCCCGCCCUCUUCCUUUCCUUUCUUCCGCUACGAAGAGUAGUAAGGGGUGUGUUUUAUGAAUGGAUGGACUCAAGGGUAAAAGAACAGCCGCACCGGUUAUGCCCCCCAGGAGAGCCAGUGGCCUUGUUCUCCAUGAGAAUAUGAAGAAGAAAGAUGACAAGACUGUCCCUACCUGCAGCCGUGUCAGCUGCAGUUCCAGGAUAAGCUCCAACAAGGGUCUCUCCAUCGAUCAUAAACCAAAAUCCACGGUUCGAUCUCCUUCAAACGGUAAGGAAACCGUUGGGAGUUCGUCGUCUAGAGCUACGAGUGGAUUACCAAAGACCCCCAAAGUUACUACCAGGAGACAGCUAUCUUCUCUUUUGGACACAGAUUCUUCAGAGAGUAGUAGUAGCAGUGUUCAUGAGCGACGUGGAAAGACCAAAGAGAGCACCAUCACCAGAGAAGUUGUUACGGAGCUGGGAAGCUCAAGCAGAGGUAGUAGUAGUAAUAGUGCGCAAAACGCGAGAGUUGGUGUGAACAGGAAUGGAUUAAAAGACUUGAGGAGCAGUGUUCUUCCUUCAAGUCCAAACCCAACGAGAAAGAUCAAGACUUUUAGAAAGAAAGCCUCUGAUGGAGAGAGCAGCUCUUCAAGCAGAGGGAAUAAUAAUAAUAAUAAGCCAGAGGUGAAGAACAACCAGAGUUCCCUCCCUCAUGGCAAUAAUGGCAUCAUCACCAUGUCUGAAUCUAGGAGGAACAGAAACUCGCCUAGUGUUAGGGACAACAACAGCGUUGUUUCGAGUAGUAGUACUAGGAGAUCAUCAACUGGUAGAACAACAGGGCGUGCUUCUGGAGCGGUUACAGCUUUACAAGCGCCGCCACAGCCUGCAACAAGAGCUGGUCUCAUCAAUCCCUCUAGAUCUAAUGCAGAAGUUUCUCGUAGUCCUUUGCAUAGUUACAGUAGGCCAAUCAGUAGUAACAACGGCAGGUUACGUAGCCUGAUGAUGAUGCCUGGUGGUAGCCCCUCUCGCUCUUUGAUGAGCCGUGAUGGUUUCAGACGCUAUGACGUUAAUGGAGUUGCAGAGGUAUUGCUGGCUCUGGAAAGGAUGGAACAAGACGAAGAGCUUACAUACGAGCAAUUGGCUGUUUUAGAGACCAAUCUGUUCUUGAAUGGCUUCCACGAUCAGCAUAGAGAUAUGAGGCUUGACAUUGAUAACAUGUCCUACGAGGAGCUAUUAGCACUGGAGGAGAAGAUGGGCACAGUGAGCACUGCUCUAAGCGAGGAAGCUCUCCUUAAAAGCCUGAAGUUAAGCACUUUUAAUCACCCAACAGAAAAUUCUGGUGGAGUUGGCCUGAAGAAAGAUGAUGAUGUCAAAUGUAGUAUAUGCCAGGAAGAGUAUGUUGAUGGAGAUGAAGUAGGGACUUUGCCUUGCCAACAUAUGUACCAUGUGAGCUGUGCGCAACAGUGGCUUCGAAUGAAGAAUUGGUGUCCUAUCUGCAAAACGUCUGCAGAAUCUCAGCCACAGCCAUUUUCAUAAUGAUGGAGACUGCAGAGACAUCAUCAAAGUGCUCGUCUCUAGUUCUGCCAUCCUGUUCUAUUUUCUCUGUACAUAAAAAUGUUUUUUUUUUCUUUUACUUAUACACAAUUGGGAAAAAAUAGAAAAUAAGAAUCAGGUGGAUACAGUCCUCUUUCACCUGUAUAAAGAUUUAACAAUUCAGUUGAAAAUUCAAACCACCAAUAGUUGGUUUAGUUCAAUAUAUAUAUAUUUAUAUA